AUGAUUCAAAGUGAGGACAACAGAAUAAAAAAAUUAUCUAAAUUAUAUAAUCACAAUAAUUGUUCAUCACAUCCUUCUUCAACAAAAAUAAAUACGUUGGAUAAAAGAAAAAUCCAAUUAAAUGAAGAGAAAAAAUCUGAAGAUGUGGAGGAAUGCUCUUAUCCGUGGAGGAAAAAUAAAAGAAUAUCACUUUAUAAGGAUUUGAGAUGGAAGCGAAUUCAAAGAAAUUUUGCUAGAAAAUCUUCAAAACGUUUAUAUUGCCCUCAUACUCGUCUAAAAAUUUUUCUUUUAAUUUUGUUAAGUGCCAUCAAUGCUUUUUGCCUUAGGCAUUUUGGAGCCAAUGCUACCUUAAUGAGUAAUGAACAUUCAUCACAAAACGGUAACGACGAGCUAUCUAUUCAGUGGGAAGAGAAUUCGCAGUAUAACAAUGAACAUCCUCCAAAAAAUGGCAUAAAUACUAGCUACAUUUCACAGAUCCUUGAUAGAUUAACAGACGGAACCAUUUACGACAAGAGACUAAGACCUCGUUACAGUGAAGGAGCGGUCGAUGUUGGUAUCUCCAUACACAUAACAUCAAUCAGUGCAGUCUCGGAAGUCGAUAUGGACUUUACUUUGGAUUUUUAUUUGAGACAGACUUGGUAUGAUAAUAGACUAGCUUUUGCACAAAUUGAUCCAGAAUUGGCUAGAAGAAUAAAGAAGUUGACUGUGGGUGUUGAAUAUUUAGAUAGAUUAUGGAAGCCUGAUACUUUUUUUCCAAAUGAGAAAACAUCAAUGUUCCACGUUGCUACAACUCCAAACACAUUCUUGAGAAUAGAACCUGAUGGAAGAAUUUACACAUCCCAGAGAAUGACAGUAAAAGCAAUGUGUCCAAUGGACUUGGCAUUGUUCCCAAUGGAUUCACAAACAUGUAAACUUGGCUUGGAAAGCUAUGGUUAUGAUGUUGAUGAUAUUGAUUAUUAUUGGGGCAACCGACGUUCCGAUGGAAAGAAGUCAGAAGAUGCUGUUGAUUUUGACGCCUUUUUCCUCCCCCAAUUUCACGCAAAAGGUUAUCGGGUAACUGGAACACACGUUACAACAGCUUCUGGAGAAUAUGCUCGUCUUUAUAUUGAAGUUGUUUUGUCGAGAAAUUUGGGCUUCUAUUUAAUGAAUAUUAUUAUACCUUCAAUGCUUAUCGUAUCUAUAUCUUGGGUAUCUUUCUGGUUGAGCAGAGAAGCUUCUCCUGCACGUGUUGGUUUGGGUGUAACAACGGUACUUACAAUGACGACUCUAAUCACAACAACAAAUAAUUCAAUGCCCAAAGUUAGCUAUAUUAAAGGAUUGGAUGUUUUCCUAAACUUUUGUUUCGUUAUGGUUUUUGCCUCAUUAGUCGAAUAUGCCAUUGUUAGUUAUUGGAAUAAACGACAGUGUAGGAGAAGGUAAAAAAUAUUUUUUUUAAAUGUGUCAGUAGGACGGUUCACUAUCAAACAGUUUACUGAAUGCCAUGUGGGAUAAUCCACUAUAAGGACAAUUAAUCUUAUGGACCAAGACAGUGCGCAAAGAGGUUCACUUGGAACGUAAAAGACAAACAAAAUUUUUGAAUCUUUAAAAAAUCGCCAAAUACAAAACGCCAAAAACAAAGCCAAAAAAGCAAAAAAUACCGAUUCAACUCCAAAGAAGAUUUUUUGUUCUGAUAUUUUUCUAAUUUCUUGUUCUGGGGGUUGUUGAAACCAGAACAGAAAUGUUUC